AUGCUUCGCAGUUUGGUAAAUCGAACUCAGCUCGUAAGAAGGUUGGCCACCAGCCUGCCAACUACAAAAACCUCGAUUUUGCCUAAUGGGCUGACAGUGGCUACGGAAAUGAUUCCUAAUACUUCCAGCGCCACUGUAGGUAUAUUCGUGGAUGCAGGAUCCCGUGCGGAAGAUAUUAAAAACAACGGAACCGCGCAUUUUUUGGAACAUUUGGCCUUUAAAGGCACCAAGAACCGGACCCAGGUUGGGAUCGAGCUCGAAAUAGAAAAUAUUGGAUCUCACCUAAACGCAUACACUUCAAGAGAGAAUACCGUCUACUACGCCAAAACUCUGACUCAGAAUAUUUCUAAUGCAGUGGAUGUCCUGAGUGAUAUUUUGACCAGGUCUGUGCUCGAUAAGACUGCUAUUGAACGAGAAAGGGACGUCAUCAUCCGUGAAAGUGAAGAAGUGGACAAGAUGUACGAUGAGGUUGUCUUUGACCACCUACACGCCAUUACUUACAAAGGCCAGCCAUUAGGGCGCACCAUUUUGGGUCCUAUUGAAAACAUCAAGACCAUUCAGCAAAGUGAUUUAAGGGAAUACAUAUCCACGAAUUACAAAGGUGACAGAAUGGUUCUCGCCGGUGCAGGAGCUGUCGAUCAUGACGAGCUUGUGAAGUACGCCUCACAAUACUUUGGUCACAUUCCUAAAUCGCAAUCCCCAGUUCCGCUAGGUUCUCCUAGAGGUCCUUUGCCCGUGUUUUAUGGAAACGAAUUAAAAAUUCAGGAAGACACACUACCCACAACCCACAUCGCUUUAUCAGUAGAAGGUGUUUCCUGGUCUGCACCGGAUUAUUUCACGGCCCUUGCUACUCAGGCCAUCGUUGGAAACUGGGAUAGAGCUCUAGGAACGGGUACAAAUUCGCCUUCGCCCUUAGCUGUUGCAGCCUCAAAUAAUGGCACAUUGGCAAACUCAUACAUGUCCUUCUCCACUUCGUAUGCUGAUUCUGGGCUCUGGGGCAUGUACAUUGUAACGGACUCUAGAGAACACAACGUAAAGCUCAUUAUAGAAGAGGUACUAAAAGAUUGGCAAAGAAUUAAAACCGGAAACAUUACAGAUGAGGAGGUAAAGCGUGCUAAGGCACAAUUAAAAGCAUCACUACUAUUGUCUCUAGAUGGUUCGACAGCAAUCGUCGAAGACAUUGGUAGGCAGAUAGUUACCACUGGUAAACGAUUGUCUCCUGAACAAGUUUUUGAGCAGGUCGAUCGCAUUACGAAGGAUGACAUCAUCACUUGGGCCAAUUACAGACUCAAAGAAAAGCCUAUCUCCAUCGUUGCAAUGGGUAACACCAAAACUGUUCCAGCUUUGAGCCAAAUAGAAAAGGGAUUGAAUGCGUAA